AUGGGACAUUAUAACUCAAAAUAUUUAACCAAAAUUUCAAAUACGCCAUUAUUGAAAAUUGUUCCACCCUUGAAUUUUUGUCCUGUUGAAAGAUUUCUUUAUAGAUCAGGACAGCCAACUUCAAUAAAUUUCCCAUUUUUGAAAGAAUUAAAAUUGAAAAACAUUGUUUGGCUUGCUUCAGAAGACCCAAAUGACAAUUUUAUUGAAUUUGCUGAAGAUAACAACAUAAACCUAUACUAUGUUGGAAUCAACGCCGAUGGCUAUAAUAAUAAUCCAUGGGAUGGGCUUAGUGAAACCUCCAUUAAAGAAGCCAUUGAAAUAAUCGUGAAUAAAAACAACUAUCCUUUAUUAAUUUGUUGUGGAAUGGGCAGGCAUAGAACUGGUACAGUGAUUGGUUGCUUAAGACGAUUACAAGGCUGGAAUCUUGCCAGUGUUUCUGAAGAAUACAGAAGGUUUACUGGCUCAAGAGGUGGAAGAAUAUUAGUAGAGUUAUUGAUUGAAAAGUUUGAUGUAGACUCGAUCAAAAUCAACCCCAACCUAGCCCCAGAUUGGCUCAUGGGUUAG